CUUCCAGCUGCAGGAAGGUUCCUUGUGGACAGCAGGAAGCAUGAAACAUUCAAGAAGAAUAAUCUGAGGGCCCGUCCACUGGAGAGAAGCACAUGUGUGCGGGUGGAGAAUCUUCCAGCUCUGGUCAACAAGACGCUGCUGGAACUGAUUUUUGAGCAAUGGGGUCCAGUAGAGGAAGUUUUCACAAUUCCAUCAGAACAUGCAGCCAUUAUUACCUUUAAAGAGGAAGAAGCCAAAGAGAUAGUUCUGAAGAAAGAUAUUAACAUCUGUGAUGUUCCAGUCAAGAUAUAUACCUACUUCAAAUCAAUCGAUAUGGUCUUGUAUGGUGGCAACAGGCCACAUUUGAAGCUGCCUGAACCCAUUACAGUCAGAGUACAUCCUUCCAUCAGAGAAUUCCUCCUCAAGAAAGAGCAGAUUUCCUUUAUUAAAAACCAGAUGAGCUCACACUUCUGCCAAAUAGACAUGGACAAACCUGAGAUUUUGCUCAGUCCUGAUCCAGCAUUGCUGAAACAGAAAGAAGCUACCAGAAUACACAUUGAUGACUGGAGUAAGAAUGCCUUUGAUGCCUUCAUGAAAAUAAUCUCAAACUACGCAAUGUCUGAGUGGCCAUUGUCACACCCCUUGUGGUCUAAAGUUGAGAAUGUUGUCAAGGAAGUAGUGAAAGAUCGAGUUUUCACAGAUAUGGAUGUCUCUAAAGGGGUCCUGACAAUGGCAGGAAUGACCCAUGAAAUAAUUGGACUGAAACCCAUCAUGGAGAAAAUUUUAGAGAAUGCAACAUAUCAAAUGGAGAGAGAGAAGAACAGUGUGACGGAGCAUAUGGAGAUGUCUCCUGCCAUGUACUCUCUUCUUUUACAAGAUGGCCUGAAAAGUGCUGUUUCUCCACAACUGCACAUUGACCACAACAGAAAAAUAAACAGAUUAGUUUUAUCAGGUCUUCAUACAGAGAUCCUCGUGUUCAAGAACUGGGUCCUUGAGAAGAAAAUAAAUAUGAUACAGAAACCCUUAAAGAUUGACUGUUCAAUCCUGGAGUUCCUGAGAUUAGUGGACAGUGAUGAAAUGUCCACAGAUCUCUUUAUAUGUCAUGGAAUAGCUGCUGUCUACACAAUCAAAAAUGGAGAUGUUGUUUUGACUGGGACCACAGAAAGAGCACUUGCUGAGGCGGAGAAGAGAGUGAAAAUGGCUCUUACGUCCAGAGAGCUCAUUAUAGAAGAUCACAGUGUCCUUCAAAUGCCAGAGUGGGAGGAUCUCAAAAGACGACUGGAAAUUUCGUUCAGUAUUUCCAAAAAGAGAUUUGUGUGUAUAAAUCUUUCACAGACAGACAAAGUAAUAGUGACUGGAUUCAAAGAUCCAGUGAUGGAGGUCAGUGUGAACAUUGAACGUUUCAUUGAGAAACAUACUAGAAUUGAAGAAACCGUUCGUGUCAAAUCACAAGCAGCAGUCGAAUUCAUAAAAGACAGAAAAUCGCAUGACUGGCAGCAUUUUGUUAAGUCUGAUAAGAUGAAAGUGAAUUUUGAUUCAAAGAGACCUUGGAUCAAACUGUCUGGAGAGCGUUUAUUUGUCCAGCAAGCUAUGACUUUCUUUAGAAGGUUAGCAGAUUCUCUCCAUACGGACACACUAACCAUUAAAAAGACAGGAGCAAAGAAGUACUUUGAGGAGCAGGGUAAAAUUAUGCUCUCAAUGUUUGUGAGGGAAAAUGGAUUUGUGGUGGUGCUCCAGGAAGAUGAUAUGCUAGAAGAGGAGGAGGGUUUUUCUCAAGGGUCCAUUGGUAGAGUCUCCAAUUCCUGUCUUAAGGUGUACACUAUGCAAGUGGGUCAUCUGACCCUAGAGGUGUCAUCAGGGGACAUAACCAAAGAAAAAACUGAUGCUAUUGUCAACACCUCAAAUAAAACAUUUUCUUUGAAAUCAGGAGUAUCCAAGGCUAUUUUAGAUGCUGCUGGAUUAGAAGUGGAACAGGAAUUAUUACAAAUGGCGAGUGAUACAGAUUUUCAGCUGACAGAGAUUGUGACCUCAUCUGGGAUGCUGCUAUGUAAAGAAAUCAUACAUGUUGUUGGAUGUUUUCGCCCAGCUGAUAUUGAGAACAAUGUUUUGUCUGUUCUGGAUAUAUGUGAGAAACACAAAUUUACCUCUGUUGCCUUCCCAGCUUUAGGCACAGGUCAAGGUGGAGCGAAUCCAGCUGAUGUUGCAGAGGCAAUGAUCAGUGCAGUUGUUGACUUUGCUAUCAAAAAUGAACCAGUGCAUGUCAAAAGUGUGAAGUUCCUUAUAUUCCAGACAAGCAUGUUGCCCAGCUUUCAUCAAAGCAUGAUUAAAAGAUCCAUGGAGCCAAAAAAAGGCAGGUUUAGCAGGAUUAAAGGUAAAAAAAUCACGUUGGAGGAAAUCGAGCCAGUUGUGUUUCAACUGUGUGGGGAGACACCAGAUGAUUUGAGUAAGGCCAGUGCCAUGAUUGAAAGCUUGAUUAAACAGGAGCAUUUGGAAAUCACAAUCCGUGAUCCAGCAAUUGCUCAGUUCAGCAAAGAGGAAUCAGAAAUGCUGAGCACAAUGGAGAGGGAGCUCAAAGUAAGUGUCAUAACUGACAAGAAAAGCCAGGAUGUCAUCACCUUGAAGGGCCUGACAGGAUUUGUACACACUGCAGAGUCUCGUAUUCGCGACAUGAUCCGUAAGGUGGAAAGAAAUGAGAACCAAACACUACUGGCAUCUUUAAUGAGCAGCAUAGUUGAGUGGCAAUAUCAAAGUGGUCACAACUUUAAAGCAUUUGAUGUUUUCACCAAUUGUGUCUUGGAAGAAGCCUUAAACCACCAAAAAAUGUCUGUGAAAAUCAAGAUUAACAGUAUAGAGUAUGAUGUCGACAUACUUAAGAAAGUUGCCACAAAAGGGAAAAAACGAAUUGAACUAAAGAGAGUAGACCUAAAAGCUCAAAGUUCUUUGCCUUCAAACUGGGUGGACAUGAAAGGAGAGUCAGUUGUUCUUGUAAAACUCACAGCAGGUUCACAGGAAUUUGCAGAUGUGGAGCAAGAGUUUAGAAAGUACGGACUAUCCAGUAACAUCAUUCAAAUUGAAAGAGUCCAGAACAGUGCUCUUUGGAGAAGCUACAUGAUCAAAAAGGAGGAGAUGGAACACAAAAGCAAGCAUGAAAACUAUGAGAAGCAUCUCUUCCACGGCACUGGCUCUGAUAAGACAGAUCAGAUCAACCAUUACGGCUUCAAUCGCAGCUACGCUGGGAUGCAUGGAGCCUUGUAUGGGAAUGGUACAUAUUUUGCUGUGGACCCACUUUACUCAGCCCAAAGCUACUCUAAACCUGAUGCCAAAGGAAAUAAACGCAUGUACCUCGCCAGGGUGCUUGUCGGUGAUUUUACUCAAGGACAAAAAGGCCUUCUUACUCCUCCAAGAAAGAGUUCAAAAGGUGUUCAUCUUUAUGACAGUGUGACAGAUAAAAUUAAGAAUCCAUCCAUGUUUGUGAUCUUCAAUGAUGUACAGGCUUACCCAGAAUACUUGAUCACAUUCCGGGAUUAAAUUAAUUUACAGUUUAAUUACACUUAUGCAACACAAAUAUAUGGGAAUAUACUGCAAAAUAUAAUGUGAUAUAUUACAUAAAAAUGUUAUCCUUGAUUGUGUAUAUAUAUAUAUAUAUUGCACAUUUUCUAUAUAUGUGUGUUUAUACUGCAUGAGUAAAUACAUCUGCAAUAUAUUACACAUGCAGUACCAUAUCUGAUCACAUGUACGUAUUAUGAAGUAUUACUGAAUAUAAAAAUACAUACAUUAUGAUAUUAGUAAAUAUUUUGUCACAUUUUUCAAUAUAU